GCGCACUUUAACUUUGGCAUAGCAACAGACAACAAGAUGGCGGAAACAGCGUCAGCGGCGAUGAGGAAAGAAGCACUGGACCCGGCUUAUUUGACUUGGUCUAGCCAGCAAGUGGCGGACUGGAUGGCAGAUCUGGGUUAUCCACAAUAUAGGGAGUGCUUUACAACAAAUGGAAUUGAUGGCCGUAAGCUUAUUCUGGUCGAUGCAUCCCAUCUCCCCUCUCUUGGUAUCACAGAUUUUGAACACAUUAAGCACAUCUCAAGGAGUGUGAGGGACCUACUAGCUAUCGAGGAGCCUUACUGGAAUCGUAGCAUUUCCCUCCCCCAUCGGGAGAUGACGGGCAUGUACCUGGAGAGGAAGAGCAUCACAGGGCCCAAGGCAGACAGCCUGACAUACGGCAAGUACCUCAAGGAGCUCAAGAAAGAGGAACUGGCCAAGAAUGGAACCAAGAGGUAGAUGGCAGCUGCAGCUAGAGAUUGGGGAGGGAUGGGUUGGGGGGAUCUAUGGGGGUGGGGGGAGGAGCAGAGUCGUCUCAAGUCAAUCACGUGUCAAAUCAUCAGUCAGUCACUUUUUCAUAAGAUGGAAUUUGUGUCGGGGUGAGGUAAAUAAGGCAGUGUCUGGCCAAACCGACCUAUCACUGUUUAUUUUUACAUUGUUGAUCACUUCACACUUACGUUACAAAAGCACACCCGGUUCAGUAGGGAAUCGCUUGACUGGAAACUGGUUGACUUGUGAUUGACUUGUGAGAACUUUACAACAACCUUGACAGCUCUGUGGAAACGGAGGAUGGGAGUAUCCAUCGUACUCCAAUUUAAGAUGAAAGCCAUGAAGCCUUAGAAAGUUUCUAGACUUUACCCGUAUCAACAGACCAAUACUGAAAACCCGACUUAGUACACAACAACAUGCAAUGGCAGAGAUUUGAUCAAGAGGUCAUAAGUUAACAAAAGUCAACAUGCACAAUUGCAUCACAGGUCAUCCUCUAGUCUCAAGUCGUGUGACAAGCAAACUGUAUUAGUCAUUCUUUUGUUUUGCUCCUUCUUCGUUACUUGCGUUACUUAAGUGUGAUUUGACUCGUGAAUAAGUUGUGAUUGGCAAGUGCCUGACUGGCUAAAACUCUGGGAAAUCGUUCCAUGCACAGUUGCUGAGAUUUCAUUGGUUGCUCUACACCAUGAUGAUCAUUCCUUGAACUUUGAUUGGACGAGUUCUGUAGUGCAUUUAGAUUGGAAACGCAUUGCCUCUGUGCACAGGUGUAAGUGUUCAAAUUAAAUUGACCUCAUGCCAGGGUUCAUAAGUGUAAGAAACUGUCUUGAGAGCCCAGCCAGUGUAAGAGUCUGUAUCUAUUGACAAGUCCAGGUACAUGAUCACUGUACACUCAGGAUGCCCCCUUCAAUGGAGAAACCAUUGUGCACGCUAAUGCACAAAGCAACUGCCCCAUGAUGGAUUAUCUCAGCAAUAGCUAACACAAUGCUUUCCCCAUUGAAGGGGGCCUCCAUGAUAGAGUUUAUAGCGUGCCCAGAGUCAGAUAGUGUAUGCAGGCAAACCGAACACAUUUGAUUUCCCAGUUUGAAGACCCUGAUAUCUUAACUAUCAUUGUUUAAAUUUGCCCCUUGAGAGAAAAGGGUGGGAAUUUUCAGAAAAGAAGUGAUGUAGAUACUCCUAGACAGUCAAGGUUGUUGGAAAGAAAAAAAGUACAUCACUGUACAUUUGCCAAGGAGUGUCACAGGAGAUUUGUAAACUUGGGUUUUUCUAAAUUUUCUUUUACAGUAUUUAUUAGAUGAUUCCUGCCAUCAUGUAAAAAUGUGUGAAUCUGAGAGAGUUAUAGUUUUAUUCAGUUGUAUAUUUUGCUCACUAAUAAUUGAAGCUGGUCUCAAUGGAGAAAGCUACCAGACAGUGCAUGAAAUCAAUUUGAAUUGAUUGUAUUUUAAAGAGUUUUACUUGUAGGGUCAAGAUACGGGAGAGUGGGGGGGGGGGGAUUUUGUAUUCUUUUAAGCCCUGUCCGCACUGGACUUUUUUGGUAAAACUUACCAAGACUAUGGGUACUUUUCCCAUUUUAAGUCCAGUGCGGACAGCCUAGGACGUUUUCCUCUCAGUGACUUUUCCUGAGUCCAGCGGUUACUUCUACUGGCUAAAACUCCCAUUAAUCCAAAUUGUUGAUGUGUUGAAAAAAAGGUGCAUCACCUAGCUUAUGCGACUAUCAUUUUGUUAAAGAGUAGAAGAAUCAUUGAGGCCAACGCUAUUAUCAAGUAUCGAAUUUUUCUGAAAAAUCU